ACCGAACCCUCCAUUACACAGUUUAUUUAGGAUUAUACGCUGAUAGAUCGCAUGGAUAAUUAUGAUAAUACGUGUACUUAGUAGCAUUGGGAUUAGUCGCAUUUCCCUUAAGCCUAGCGCCACUUUAGGUGACCUCAAGGCCGAGAUUCGGAGUCGUAUACAGAUACCCGAAGGCGUCGAGUUGAAAUUUGUGUUUUGUGACAAUAAUUUAGAGAUCAAUGGUGAGGACUAUGCAGUUCUUGCUGAUCUUGGUAUUGAACAUGGAACAUCUUUGCGGCUAAUAACUCUCCAAGGGAGUACUACAAUCAACCAGAACCUCAGUUAUGUGUCUAUGUGUAAGGUUGAUUCUCCUGCUGAGGCACCCAUUACAUCUACUGUUGACUCUACGGUUGCAUCACCAUCCGUUGAUAAAGAAGAAACAGAUGAUGUUGGAUCAAGUUCACAUUUUAAAUCUUUUGACGCCUUUUUACGUGACAGCGGAUACCCACUUUCAGACUUGCCGCUGAGACAAUCAUACAAACCGAUAUUAAUCGAACGUGGAAAAAUGAACAAAUUGCCUUCUAGCGUUACUGUAAAACAUCAACCAUAUCGUCAUGUUGAUCAUAUUGAGCUGAUGAACGUGCAAGAUAUACACAAUUUCGCGAACUAUUGGAUGAACGACCUAGAGAUGGCCGAACAGCGUGCAGGUUGGUUAUAUGGUUACUAUGUCGAGGAUUCUCACUACCCUCUUGGAAUACGAGCUGUCUGUGAAGGAAUAUAUGAACCUCCGCAACAUUCAACACUUUGUGAUGUUGAAUUUUUGCCGGACGAAUUCAUCUCAACUGUUGAUGCCAUUGCUGCAAGGCUGGGUCUAGAACGCAUAGGCCACAUAUUAACUCAUUUACCACGUGAGAACUAUUUGUCUCCACAGGAUGUGAUUGACAGUGCAAAGGUGCAGUUAGGCCGUGUUCACAAGACCCAUUACACACGUUACCCUGUAUCAACUCACAUAACAUGUACAUUACACCCUGAUUCAGAAGGCAAACCGGCGUUGAAUGCAUUUAUGGUGUCUGACACUGCGAUGGCGCUUCUAAGAGACGGAAUAAUAGCCGAUGUACAGCCUGAUCCAAUGGUUAUAAGUAUGCGUCAGCCUACGAAUAAAAAUGAAGUUCUUCCUCAGAUUAUCGAAUCAGGAAAAGAGGUGACAUCCUUUGACCCAAGUUGGUUCGUGAUAAGGGUCAAUGAUUCCGCUCCUAUAAAUCCUAAUUCUAUUUUUAAAUAUUCUGAUUUCCCCCGAGAAAAUCGUACCAUUCGCCCAAUUACUCCAGAUGCAGUGAAAAAGUUUUUCUCAAGCCGACUUGCUGAGGGUUUGGAGACGUCUGAUGCAAAUAUAUUUAGUGAUUUCCAUCUGCUUAUUUAUAUGGCCAGAGUUUUAGAUGUUGAAACAGCGUUGGCAAUUUGCGACGCCUUACUGGGAAAAACUACGCUUGACCCUAUAAUGGUUGAGCUCCUUAUGACAAGCUAGAUUUUGCACUAUUUACAUCGCAUAGCCAAUUCUAACCAUUUAGUUGUUUAUAACAUAACAACAGGAUAAAUGUAGCUCGUUAUC